AUGGCGGCUAUGAAUCCCGAAUACGACUACCUCUUUAAACUUCUUCUUAUUGGUGACUCGGGCGUGGGAAAAUCUUGUCUUCUUCUUCGAUUUGCCGAUGAUACCUACACAGAGUCUUACAUCUCUACUAUUGGAGUUGAUUUCAAAAUCCGUACUAUCGAGUUGGAUGGUAAAACAAUCAAACUGCAAAUCUGGGAUACAGCGGGUCAGGAGCGUUUUCGUACAAUCACUUCCAGUUAUUAUCGAGGUGCACAUGGAAUAAUUGUCGUCUACGAUAUCACUGAUCAAGAGUCGUUCAACAAUGUCAAGCAGUGGUUGCAAGAAAUCGACCGAUAUGCCUGUGAAAAUGUGAACAAGUUGCUUGUUGGAAAUAAGUGCGACCUAACCGCAAAGCGGGCUGUUGAAAUUCAAGCUGCAAAGGAAUACGCAGACCAACUUGGGAUUCCAUUUCUCGAGACUUCUGCUAAGUCUUCAACAAAUGUGGAACAGGCUUUCUUGACAAUGGCAUCUGAGAUUAAGUCUCGUAUGGGCCCAGUCCAAGGAACUGGUGGAGCUCCAGCAGUUCGUAUCACGGGAUCACAGCCAGUGCAGGACAAGAAAAGUGGUGGAUGUUGUUGA